GGACAGAAAUAAGGACAAUCUGCAGAAUAAAAGCCAGGGGAGCUGCAGAGACUAAAACACUUUGCCUUUUAAGAAGAAAAUUCCUUUUUCCAGCCUCUUCCACCAUCACCACCAUGACCUUUCUUGGUGUUUUUCUCACGUUUUGUGGCGUAUUGACGCUGACCCGAGCCGUGCCGAUUAACUCAACCCUCACCAAGAGCCUGGGGGGUCUCUGCGACUAUAAGCAACUGCAGUGCACGAUUUUCCCCGGAAUGUUCUGCCCACAGUGCGAUGACGACGGGAAAUUCCUCCCGCAGCAGUGCUCCGGCUCGACCGGAUACUGCUGGUGUGUGGACACAAUCACCGGAGAGGAGAUCCAGAACACGAAGACCCCACCUGGAGUCAGGCCCGUUAACUGCGCAAAGCUUAUGCACUGCCCAUAUGGCUGGAGCGGCUUCGGUCAUCGGUGUUUCCUCUUUAUCGACACCCCAAAGACAUGGCCUGAAGCUGAGUUUUACUGUCAGUUUGAAGAAGCCAACCUGGCGUCAGUCCACAGUUAUGAGGAAAAUCGCUUCAUCCAAACUUUGACCAGAGGAGACACCCACAGCUUCCCAGAAACCUGGAUUGGAGGAACUGAUGCCAUACACCUUGACUUGUGGAUGUGGUCCGACGGCUCCAAGUUCUAUUAUGAGAACUGGUACAAUGAUGACCACGACGAGAAGGAAGAGCGCUGCCUGAAGAUGAAUUGUCACUAUACCCUCAAGUGGUCUGCUGCCCCCUGCAACCACAGUCUGCCAUUUGUUUGUUCCAAGGACAACUGAACGCAUCUUUUUGAAUGAAACCUGAGAAAAAACAAAUCUCACCCAUGUCACUAACUGGGAUUCUAGACACAUGGAAGCUGCAAUUUUUACCACAUUUUGAUGUUUUCUUUCUACAUGUAAUCUUUUUUGUUGUAUAAGCAAAAUAAAAGCAAAGAGAUAAAACCAAUAAAAAAAAAUAAAG